GUACAGAAACCGAAAGUAAAAGGUGCAGGGUAAUGUCGCGGGCUAAUACGAUUUUUUAAAUUAUUAUUAUUAUUUUUUUUAAACCCUUAGGGCGUUAACAGCGUUUAUUUACUAAAUCACACAGCAUUCGGUCGUGCACCUGUAUGUUAUUAGUUCUUCAGGAGUGCUGCUGUUCAUCUGCGUCAUGUGUGUUUUGCUCCAUGAUGGCGGAAUCACCCUUUCCAGAAAUAUUUCUUGAAGUGGCCCUUCUCGGCGAUCCAGAAACAUGUGGAGCCAUUUCUAAGAAGACUGGAAGUUUUAAAGAUAUGAAUACUUUUUUCGAAUCGUCAUCCAAGGAGAAAAAAAAAGACCAAUGUGGGGGAAAUAAAGAGAAGAGCAGGGUUCAUGAGCACACCUCAGGCAGCAUGAAAUCAGCUUCCAGUGCACAAGUUGAACCAGUUGAGAUCGACAGUGUCAUUAUGAAUUACAUUCAAGAAAAAUAUUCUGCAGAACUCAACAAAAUAAAACCACCUAAGGUAAUCAUGCAGGUUGAUAAGAAACAGGUGACCUUUUGCUCACAGGACACAGAGCAUGGAACAGUCUUCGCUCAGCUGGCAAGAGAGCGAUUUGUAACUUUCUAUCAGAAGAUCGCUACAGGACUGCAGAGUCGAUCGUAUUCCUUCGAUGCAACUCAAAUUCAGCCGUUGCUGGCAAAGUUUCCAGACCUCCUACUCAGCCCUGAACAAAAACCAUCUGAAAUAACGCUGACCGGGAGAUUCAUUAGUCUUGAAAGGUUUGAGCAGUUCUGGAAAAGUCCUCCUGAAAGGUCUUCUCCAAGACAAAUCAAUUCCACAGUGGACAUGAGCGCUUCAGCCUCCAGCCAUGCGGGACAGAAUAAAACCAUCAACAAAGAGGAAACUUGUUCCAUUUGUUUGGAGCAAAUGGGGAAAUCACAAAUGAGAACUUUGGAGAAAUGCAAGCACUCCUUCUGUAAAGACUGUAUAAAGAGGGCUUUCGAAGUUAAACCUGUCUGUCCUACGUGUGGAGUUAUAUACGGUGCACUAAAGGGAACACAACCUAAAGGGGGUAAAAUGAAAGUCACAUACGAUAAGUUGUCUCUACCCGGUUAUGAAAACUAUGGAACAAUCAUCAUUCACUACGUCAUUCCAGAUGGGAUACAGGAGGAUGAACACCCAAAUCCAGGGCAGCCAUACCAAGGUGCUGUACGCCUGGCCUACUUGCCACAUUCCACAGAAGGAAAUAAAGUUCUCAAGCUCCUCCGACAAGCAUUUGAUCAAAGGUUAAUCUUCACGGUUGGACGCUCGUCAACUACUGGCAGGAACAAUGUCGUCACGUGGAAUGACAUUCAUCACAAGACAUCCUACACUGGAGGACCUACUCUUUACGGUUACCCAGAUCCUGGUUAUCUGAAACGGGUCCAAGAGGAGCUGAAAGUCAAAGGAAUUUACUGAUAUUUAAUAAGGGCUGAGCUUUGGUACCCAUGUAAAUACUAAUACAAGACAAACACGAUAAAGACUUUUUAUUAACUGCACUAAUACAGUAUUUGUGAAUAUUUAAAUAGUAUAAGGCUUAGGUGGGGUUUACAUUAGACCGUAUCAGCGGAUCAUCAGAUUAACGUUUUUAAAACGAUUAGUGUGCACACAGCAACACCAAUACACGAUUCGCCUGCACACAGCAACGCCAAUACACGGAUACGCUCGGCUCCGCAGGCAUCCUGCGCUCCAAAUCACUCCGCCCUGAACAGCGAGUGCCCUCUGGAGGGUGCGCACUCCGGCCCUGCGCAGCUCACAGAGCGCACGAGUGAAGCGCACGAGCAGUGAUUUGGGACUGAGCCGCUGUGUGUGUGAUCUCAGUGCAUGUCAGGCAUGCGCGUCACUUACCACUUGCAAGUGGAAGGAUGGCAAGCCUAAAGACAAUCAUAACUACACAAUGGGCAGGAUUUGCAUCAGUAUUUGCAGUAUUUUCAUACUUUUAUACUCUUUAAUGAAAGGUGAUACAAGGCGGAAGUCCGCGCCGUUUUUCAGCAGUCGCGUCACAUGACCAACGCCAGCGAAUCAGGAAGGUGGAUGUCACAGUGACGUUGUCCAAUGACGACGCCAGCUAGAGCUCAGCACAGCAUAUCCGCGUAUUCUCAAUGUUUACACAGCACCGGACCGGACACGAUCUGGAUUGAAUACGUGGACCCUGGCGGAUUCCCGUUUCCCGGCGUUUUAAUGUAAACGGACAGUGCAUCCGCGAAGAAAACGAGACAGAUACGGUCUAAUGUAAACUUGGCCUUAGGCACACCAUCCAUCCAUCCAUCCAUCCAUCCAUCCAUCCAUCCAUCCAUUAUCUAUAAAGCUCAUCCAUCAGGGUCACAGGGGAAGCUGGAGCCAAUCCCUGCUGACUUGGACAGGUCACCAGUCUAUUGCAGGGUUAACAUAGCGACAACCAACCAUUCACAUUCAUAUUCACACCUCUGGGCAAUUUAGAGGAGCUGGUUGACCUAAUCAACAGGUCUUUGGACUGUGGGAGGAAACCCAUGCAGGCACAGAGAGAAGAUGUCAACUCCACACAGAAAGGCAGCGAUGUUCGAACCCAGAACCUUCUUACUGUGCUACAACAGUGCUAAAUACUGCACCACUAUCUUAUGCACACCAGUUGAAACAAAAUCCAUCAUAAUCAAGAAAUACGUUGCUCAUUUUUUUCACCUUUGUAACUGCAGAUUAAUUAUUUCUGAUGUUAAAUUGAUCGGACUUUAGAGCAUUCACAGAGUUGAUUACUGCUUUUCAGAAUAUAUAUCAAAUCAUUAAUUGAUACCUAUUGAGGAGUCAUUUUUUUCUGAACAAAUGAAUGUUUUAUGUGCAGGAGAGAAUGGGGAAUGAGGGAUUAAACACAGGUCAACCAUGUACACAAGCACAUAAUCUUUGUCAAACACUGAUAGAGCUUGGAAAUGUACUUUAUGUUGGUUUCAUAAUAGAAGAGAUAUGGGUGACAUUUUACUUUCCCUUGCUUAUACUGUACUGGAUAGGGAUUUUUUUUUUUAGUUGUUUCAUGCAUCACUUUGGUUACUAAUAUAAGAAUUCAACAUUAUUAUUAUUAUCCAUCCAUCAGCCGUAACCACUUAUCCUGUGCAAGGUCACGGGCAAGCUGGAGCCUAUCCCAGCUGACUACGGGCGAAAGGCGGGGUACACCCUGGACAAGUCGCCAGAUUAUCGCAGGGCUGACACAUAGACACAGACAACCAUUCACACUCACAUUCACACCUACGGUCAAUUUAGAGUCACCAGUUAACCUAACCUGCAUGUCUUUGGACUGUGGGGGAAACCGGAGCACCCGGAGGAAACCCACGCGGACACGGGGAGAACAUGCAAACUCCACACAGAAAGGCCCUUGCCGGCCAUGGGGCUCGAACCCAGAACCUUCUUACUGUGAGGCGACAGUGCUAACCACUACACCAGCAUGCUGUCUAUUAUUAUUAUUAUUAUUAUUAAACCUGGGUCCAGUAUCCUUUGAACACACCACCAUCAUCAUAUCUCUCUUUACAGAUCAUUCAUUUUAAUAGAAUACUGCAUACUUAAACUUGGAAGUUAUAUCAGGCUGUUUAUAGAUGCCAUGAGUGUGUACAGUUAUCUAAUUUUCUGAUGGUUAAGGCAGGGUAAUUUGUUAAAAUUUUAACAUUGAUUUUUCUAACUUUGAGCUAUAUAUUCAUUCCAUGUAACAAUGAUUUGUUAUGUUGUAUUAUUCUUUGAUGUCAAAGCUAAUAAACAAGCCAUUAGCAUAGAAAAUAACCAAUGUCAAAUAUCUUAUAACCUGGGAAAAACCCAACUUGCCUUUUAAUCACCUUAAAGUGCAUAUCCUGGACCAAAUUCGUUUUUUUUUUUUUUUAUAUGAAACUAUGUCCCUUUACACACUCAUCCAGAAGGGUAAUUUUGCACAAGGCCAUCUGUCUACAGAAAAAAAUAACAAAACACGUCUGGAAAAAUCCCAAGGGAGUCUGGAGCCAGAUUCGUAACGUUACCUGCGGAAGCGCCAGCAGGCUGCGCGAGCUUUACACGGUUUCAGUGCACAGCCUGUGUAGACCAAGUUUAGUAGCUAGCGAUUUUGCAUUGAAAUAUGGAAUUGUCACCUGAGCGCAAUGUUACUUCACCUUUGGAUGAAGAAUGUAAUGUUGCUACACCCUCCUACGAUACAUCUGUUAACCAUUUUAAUAAUUACGCGAUAACGUUGAAGAAAUUUGCAGAAAACCACCAGGUCGUUUUCUCAUAAACAAACCAGCGCUGACGUAGGAUUCAGAAGGAGGCGUCCCGCACGAGACGUCACGAAAAUCAAUGUUUGCCGGGAAAUCUAAAUGCCAAGUUUUUUCAGAGGCGGACCAAUUCACCUCAAAUGGCUUGAUUUCAACUGAAUUUUUCUGGUAUUGCGCAAGGUAAAAAAAAUUGCACAAAAUGCAAAAUGUGACAGAUAUUUGACCAAAGUUUAAUAUAAAAUAGGAGAAUUACAUUGAUCUUGCUCCUGAAUUUACCCAUGAUAUGCACUUUAAAACAGUUAAGAUUUAGCAGUAAUAAAACUGCAGCUGGAUAUCAUUUGGAAAAUUUUGUAAUAAAAUCAAAAGAGUUGUAGAAUGGAAACCAACCAGAGACAAGGCUAAUAAACUCAUUUUCAUUAA